AUGUCGUCUCACUCAACACUCACUGUCAAUGAUAUUCAUUCUCAGUUGAAUCCUACCAGAGUAACUGAAAUCGUUAUGGUGGAUUCACUAGAGGCUAUCGUAGCAACUGUUACUAAGGCUGUGGAAAAAAAUCAAUUUAUUUCUAUCGCUGGAGGGCGACACGCCAUGGGUUGUCAACAAUUUGGUACAGAUACGAUACUGAUAGAUACCACUCGAUUGAAUCAGGUACUAAGUUUCAACACGGCUACAGGCAUGAUUGAGGUUGAAGCCGGUAUACAGUGGCCAAAAUUAAUAGAUUAUCUCAUCGAAACACAAAAAAACGUCCCAUGGCCGCAGCAAUGGGGUAUUGCUCAAAAGCAAACUGGUGCUGAUCGGUUGUCAAUUGGUGGAUCACUGGCAUGCAAUGCUCAUGGUCGAGGGUUAAAGAUGCAACCUCUCAUCGCGGAUGUUGACUCCUUUAGCAUAGUGGAUGCCAAUGGCAAGUUUCUCAAGUGCAGUCGUCUGGAAAACAGUGAAUUGUUUAGACUCGCCAUCGGCGGCUAUGGAUUAUUUGGCGUGAUUUAUUCAGUAACAAUGCGCUUAACACCCCGGCAAAAAGUAGAACGAGUGGUGGAGCUUCUCACGGUUGACAAACUACCGAAGGCUUUUGAAGAGCGCAUACAAGCUGGUUUUCUCUAUGGCGACUUCCAAUUUUCUACUGACGAUCAAUCCGAUGAUUUUUUAUAUCGUGGUGUUUUUUCCUGUUAUCGCCCAGUCGAUCCAGCCAUCCCAAUGGCAGAAGCUCAAAAGGAACUUUCGGAAGAUAAUUGGAGCCACCUUUAUUAUCUCUCACAUGCUGACAAAGCAGAGGCAUUUCGCCAAUACUCUAGUUAUUAUUUAUCCACAUCUGGUCAAAUUUAUGCAUCCGAUACCCAUCAGCUAAGUAUCUAUCUGGAUAAUUAUCACCACGAACUUGACCACGACCUCGGCUCAGAAGAACAAGCCACUGAAAUUAUCACUGAAAUUUAUGUUCCACGAUUGGAACUCCCCAGUUUUUUAGCCGAAGUUCGUGAUGAUUUUCGAGCCAAUAAGGUGAACAUGGUCUACGGAACUAUUCGGUUGAUUGUGCAAGACGAAGAAAGCUUUUUGGGUUGGGCUAAACAGUCUUAUGCCUGUAUCAUCUUUAAUAUAAAUACAGUUCACACCCCCGCCGGAUUAGAACAUUCGGCUAAUGCCUUUCGUCGUCUGAUAGACAUGGCUAUUAAGCGUGGUGGCAGCUAUUAUUUAACCUAUCACACAUACGCAACUCGUGUACAAGUUGAAACAUGCUAUCCACAAUUUGCCGAAUUUAUCCGACUUAAGCGACUGUAUGAUCCUGAAGAACGCUUUCAAAGUAACUGGUAUCGUCACUAUCGAGAAAUGUUGGGUUCGCAAGAAGCGAAUACUUACUCUGUCAAGCCUUUAGUCUGGGAUGUCAAAGCUUCGAAUUGA